UUUUUUUUCUUAUUGGACUUCAUAGUAUACCAAUAAUUCUAUAUUACACUGUUUCAAAUACAAAUCAAUGUACAAUACUUUCAACAACAUAUUUAUAUUAUUAUUUAUGUAUAAUUCAAAUAAUUUUACAUGGAAUAAUACCAAUUAUAUUUCUUUCAAUAUUUGGUAUAUUAACAUUUCAACAAUUAAAAACAAUAAAAACACGACAUCAUCAUCGUCCUGGUGGUGGUCUUAGUAGUGAUAAACAAUUAUCACGUAUGCUUUUAUUAAUGUCACUUGCAAUUAUAUUAUCAUCAAUACCAUAUUGUAUGGAACAAAUUUAUGAAGUUAUGUUUAUUCGUGAUAAUCGUUUAAAAUCAUCCUACUUUUUUCUUUAUCAUGUUAUAUCACAUAUAUUAUAUUAUACAAAUCCAGUAACAAGUUUUUAUAUCUAUUAUAUUUCAACACCUAAUUUUCGUAUUCAAGUAAAGAAGAUUAUUUUUUGUAAGACACAUAUUCAUUAUCUUGUUUAUUAUCAAGUGACAGGAGUAACUUCUUCGUCACAAAGUACAUCUGUUAAUAUAUGUAGUAAAAGUGAACACCAUUCGAAAAUUAAUAUUUCCUAA